AGGAGCUCUGCAGCCUGUUACUGAGCAACAAAGCCAGCCUGGCCUCACCAGAAAGAAUUUACCUCUCGUGAAAGGUGAUUCACCUGCACGCAGGAUCAACUGCCUGCCCUCCCAGCCCAGCCUGCACAGGGAUUCAUGAAGCGAUUCCUGCUCGUCCUGGCUGGAUUUUCAGUGGUCGAUAUGGCAAACUCACUCCUGGGAUAAUGAAGGAUAAACUUGCUGUUUCCAAACUCCAACUUGUCAUUGUCUGCUCCUGUCUGUGCUCCUGCACCUCGGGGAAGGCGCCUUCAGAAACUCCCAGAACAGAAGGUAUUGUGAGUACAGGGAGACCAUCAUGUCUGAAACGUGCAGUGUUUUCUUCCACGAACUUUGAGAACAUCCUGACCUGGGAAACAGAAGCAGAUAUCCCCCCUGGCACUGUAUUUGAUGUCCAGUACAAACAGUAUGGAGAAAAAUCCUGGCUUCCCAAGGCCGAGUGCCAGAGUAUCACCCAGCACUUCUGCAACCUCACUGGUGAGACAGAGAACUUCACAGAGCAUUACUACGCCCGGGUGAGGGCGACGGGCCGGGGCGGCUGCUCCUCCGGCUGGGUGCGCUCCGAGAGGUUCGAGCCCAGGAAAGAGACUGUUAUAGGAGCACCACAAGUGGAGUACAUUCCCCAGGUACGGUCCAUAAAGUUUCUCAUCCGGCCCCCCUACACUCCCCUGAGGGGGGAGGACGACCGUCAGCUCACCGUGGAGGACAUUUACAGCAAAUUUGGGGCUGUUGGUUAUCACCUGACAAUAUUCAACCAAAGGACACACCAGCAGCGGACAAAGAAUGAGCACAACAAAGAAUUUGAAGUUUCCGACUUGGACCCAGACACUGAAUAUAAUGGAACAGUUUAUAUGUACCUCCUCCAGAAAAGCAGCAAAUCUCAAGUGUUUUGGGUUAAAACACUAGAAGACAAGACAUGGGUUCUCUACAGCCUGGUGGCACUGGGAUUCUGUGCUGGGCUGGUGUUUGCUGCUGCUGGUUACGUGAUCUACAAAUACGUCAAACAACACAGUGCCCAGCCCAUGGCUCUGGACUUCAGAGGGAUUUCAUCGUUCCAGCCUCUCACACUGACCGUGGAGCACAUCAUAAAGCCCAUUAGUUUAUCCAAACCUUCCCUUUUCACCUCUGAAGUGCCGCUGCCUCAGAUCAGCCAACAAUUGGACCGAGCACUGGAGCCACCACAGCCUUCCUGCCCCCCAGAAAGUGGCUACCAGCAACAGGCAGAGGUGCCAACAUUCCAGCUGCCCCCUCAGCCGUCCUGCAAGGAAAUUGCAGCUCCAACUGGUUACGCUCCUCAAAAGGCCCAGCAAAGCAUCCCCGCUGCCACAUCCAGCAAAACCCUGCCCCUGACCUACGGGCUGUGUGUGGAAGGCACAGACCACGGGUACGAGAAUUUGCAGCCAGACCAAACGCUUAAGGAAACCUCUCCAGGUCGUUUUGUUGAUGGCAAGCUCACGACCCAGGUGCUGGGAAAGAGCUGCAGCAGCUGGAAUUACAGAGAACAGGAGCCAAAGGUGGCGUUGUGGGGGAGCAGGGGCAGAGCAGAGCCAGUUCCCUUCCAGGGGAGCCCUGGGCAAACGCAGCUGCUGCUGCAGAGUGACAGGGUGGAAAAUCCAGUGCCCCAGUUGUCCCUGUCUUUGCUGAAACAAGGAGGAUGCUACAGACAACAGGCAGCAGGACUGCCACUGCUCCUGCCUGCGGGGAACGCUGGCACAGACUGUGCUGCAGAGCAGGAGCUGUCAGCACCCCUCCUCUCCUCCGUCCGGACUGGUAACCACUCCCCUGGAGAGGACAACACGGAGCAGUGGAUGCUGCCAGAUCCAUUCCCACAUCCUGCAAAGCAACUGCAGCUCCCUAAGACUCCAGACAUGGAAAUGUUCCCGGCAGCAAAGGGACUGAGCUGCACAGACACUCUCCCAGGCUGGGGCAGUGGCACUGCUCUCACUGUGUUCUUCAAGGAUUUGGAGUUAAAACUACAGGGGGAUGAGGAUGGGAACACAUAAUUUUGUUAGGAUGACAACGAUGUUAAAAUCCAGAUGAUGUUUUCUUGCAAGAAACGGAGGCAAUGCAAUAAAAACAGCUAAUCCUGGAUGGAUUAACACAGCACAGGGUUGUCAGACUGUCCCACCGUGGAGAUUGGUACCUUUACUGACAUAAUUACUUCUUGGGUCACUGCAAUAUUGUCUUUUCACUUAUUUUUUGCACAUUCUUCAAACUUAUGAAUUGGAUUGCUUUAAAAGCUGAGUUAAGAUUCAAGUUCAAAUUCCAGAUUCAGUUUACUGAAAAUUUAGCAAAAUUUACAACAGAAACUGCCUUUGCCCUUUACCAACACCAAAGAUCCAGGUCUAAGACAUAUCCACCCUUUGAAGAAAUUCAGGGAUGCAAACCUAAAAGAAUGAAAUGUACCAUGGUACAGUAAAAGAAUUAAAUAGAGAUUGGUGGAUAUAUGAUUCUUGGAAAACAGUGGGCUACUUCCCUGGAAUGGACUUAGUCACUGAACUGGGUAACAGCUCCUGAUGCAGCAGUUCUGUGAAACACAUCCUUGUCCUGCUGUGCUCUUUAAAGCCUUUACCACUUGCACAGUCACAAAAGGCAAUCUAAAUUCUACUUGUUCAGGGGACAGGGGAGGAAAUUUUUUUUCAUUCAGAGGAAGGAAGAGUUCAGCCUGUUGAUUUCCACUGCUGUGGUGGAAAAAAAUGUGCGUGAUGACAUCAGUUUUAGGGGAGAACCGAAACCAUUUAUAGGAAUAAGCAAGGCUUGAAUGGUAUGGGGAAGUAUUUGCUCAAAGAGCCAAAGGCAAAACUCAGGGGCAAAAAAAAAAAACAGAGGCAAAACUCAGCUGUUCUCACUCUAAGUGCACUUGGGUGUUUUCUCACUCCAGGGAAGCUGAAGCUAAAGGCUGAACUCCUCUUGCUUUGGGGUGAUUUUGCAAAUCAACCACGGCCUUGUGAAGUAAAGAUUUUUGAUGAUUCAAGCCAGGAUUAAAGGACUAGUCUCAGAAACUUUCCAGACAAAUGUUCAGCUCUGAACUGCAGCAGCAGAACUGACAAAGCACAGUGGCCAUGUCGUGUGAGGCCAAGAGGUCCAGGUGUGGUGAGGAGCUGUCAUGGCACAGGGUUGGAAAGGUUUAAAUACGUGCAGGGUUUGGGCAGAGACCAGAGGGACAUUUCCAUCCCUCACUCCUCUUCACACCCUUCAGUC